UAGCUUUAUACUAGCUUCUCACUCAGUCUUGCUCUCUCACAUAGCUCUGUAAACACUUCACUACGCUGUUUAUCCCCAACCUUGACGGGACUAACGUGACCGAGGCUUGAAAGAAUAUGCCCAAGAAUAAAGGUAAGGGAGGUAAGAAUCGGCGACGUGGAAAGAAUGAAAAUGAGUCUGAGAAGAGAGAGCUGGUGUUCAAAGAGGACGGACAGGAAUACGCUCAGGUGAUCAAAAUGCUGGGGAACGGACGUCUGGAGGCCAUGUGCUUCGAUGGAACCAAGCGGCUUUGCCACAUCAGAGGAAAACUCCGGAAAAAGGUUUGGAUCAACACAUCAGACAUCAUCCUGGUCGGACUGAGAGAUUACCAGGAUAACAAAGCUGACGUCAUCCUCAAGUACAACGCAGACGAGGCUCGUAGUUUGAAAGCGUACGGAGAGCUUCCAGAGCACGCCAAAAUCAACGAGACAGAUACCUUCGGACCCGGAGACGACGAGGAUAUCCAGUUUGAUGACAUUGGUGAUGAUGAUGAGGACAUUGAUGAUAUCUAAAGACCUGCUACUAGAAGGGGAAGGUGGGAUUUUACUAGAGAUGCUCCGAUUGGGAUAUUUUGAGCCGACACAGCGCACCGAUAAUAAUUAUUUUUAUUAAGAUCAGCCUAUGCCAAUCCAAUACAGUUUAUUAAUAUUACAGUAUGUUUCCAUUUAUUCCAGUCUGUUCACCAUCAGUAGACGUCUUCGUAGAGUUUUUUUGGAGAACUUUUAAGUGCAUUUCACACGACGAGGGGGAAGAAUCAGAAAUCACAACUUUUCUUUUUUUUUUUUUUUCUUCAUGAGUUCGUUUGUCGACACGAUUAAAUGAACGAGUGAAUGAAUGAACGAGUGACUGAAUGAGAUGCUGCUGCUGCUUUUUUAAAGGAAGUCAGAAAAGGUCUCAGUUUAUCGCUCGCAGCAGCCGGACGGCGACACAGCGGGUUGCCCCCGGCGACCAACCCGUAGAGGCUGAUCCACCAGCAUCGCAUUUGCAUUUGAAGGUGAAUAUCAGGAGCAUCACCGCUUGAGUUUUAUUUCAUUUUUUCUUUUUUUUUUGCGUUAAAGAUCCAACAAACGUCACACUUGAGUUUUCUCCUCUUUUUUUUUUUCUUUUUUUUUUUUAAUUUUGUAAUUUUUAUUUCCUGUUAACGCUCAAAAAAAAAACACUCGCGCCGAUACCAUGACUGCAACACACACACACGCGUCGAAAUGCGUCAUCUUUUUAAAAAAAAAUGUAUUUAUAUUGAUUUCACAGUUAAUGUGGAAUUUAGCAACGAUAAAAAAAAAAUUUAAAAAAAACUACAGAAUCGCUGGAUUCACUAAUAAAAAGGUUUUUGACCAUUUUGUGUUUUUUUUUUUUUUUUUGGUUAUUUUUUUUCCUCCUCUUCUUCAGGCAGUCCUGUAUCGUUGUAGUUGUCGUAAAUAAAGGCGUAGACAGUGAAAGCUGUUUAUUAAUGACAAGAAAGAGAAGAACACUUGAGUCUGUAUCUUUUUCAUUUUAACGUCAUAUUCCACUGACUAUGUAUUAUUAUCAUUAUUAUUAUUAUAUAUUAUUUUUUGGAUUGAACUAUGGCCGAUUUGAAGGCAACCCCCAUUCCCCCCCAACCCCCGUUUUCCUCCCCUUAAAUCAAAAGAAGAAUGAAAUUGUAUUUUUCUAUUGUUUCCCUUAUUUGUGUCUUUUUGUCAGAUUUUUUUUUUUUUUGUUUCCAUGGUUUUUUUUGUCGUUGUUUGAACUCUUUCGUCGUCGUGGCUGCUGCUGCUCGCUCUGUGGCGCUUCGACCCUGCGGUGAACCUCGGGCCGUUCUGUCUAAGGCUAGACCAGCGGUUCCCAAACACACACACACACACACACUGACACACACACUGAGACACACACACACACUGAGACACACACACAUACACACUAAACCUAAAACCUCAGAUCAGAGCCGUCUGUCUUACAUCUUUACACAUCCUCAACCUCCCAAAAAAAAACCCCAAUAACGGUGACAUAAAGGACAUAACAUCUAGUUUCCUCCUCCGCCUCCUUCUCCUCUUUCUCUCUCUCUCUCUGUCUGCGCCCCUCUGGAAACCUCCCCAUGUUCCCUAAGAGGGGCCCAGGACCUCAGUUUGGGAACCACUGCUCUAGACCUCCAUGGGGCCCUAUUGUUGUAACUCUGAAUUAAUAAAAAAAAAAUGUACUAUGAUGUUUGAAGGCUGGGUUUCCAAUAAAGAUCUUAACUCCACUGAA